AUGUCACUAAGAGAGUUGGUAAAGACUUUGUCCAAUAAGGACUCUCAGACCAAAAGUCUUUCAAAUAUCGCGGUUCUUCUCCAAGAUGAAAAAACACGAGCAUCAACAGAUGCUACCGACGCCCUUAUCAAGGCAAUUCGAAUUUUCAGAGAAACACGCACCCAUUCCGAUACUUCUUCCCUAAAUCUGGCCCAAGGAGUUAAUGAUCUUAAUCUGACCAAAAGUGUCGAUAGUAGUAAAUCAUCUGUUUCCACCUUUUCUUCUACUGAAAAAGGUAACAUCGUCAUCCCUACUUACACAUUUGACAGUUCGUCUAUACCGCUUCAGUCUGAAUGUUUACGUGUUAUCUGCAAUGCUAUUGCAGAUAAUUCACACAACCGAUUCCAAGUUCUUGAGCACCCAGAGUUUUUAAUUAUUGUUUUACAAGAUUUGAUUAAUGGUAAUGGUCCUGUAGAUUUUAGUAAUAAAGAAUUGGCAGUACUAAGUAAUCUUGUCAAUGACUUUAAUCCUGGCUCUAAAUACCUAGCCGGAUCAGAGCUUGCAGCUGAAGCGAUCAUGGCACAGCUUAAGUUGUUUGUUACAAAUUAUCAGGUUAACUUAGCGCUGAUUAUCGACUUACUUUAUGAAAUUCUAGACCAGGAAGACGGCUCUAAGUUUUUCCCGACAGAUUUUGUGGCGGUAGUUAUGGAAGUUUCGUCUCUGGAAAUGGACAAUAUUAAUUUGCCCGAAAAGAAAUUCGAACUUGUCAGAAAAGACGGUGCUGACAUUUCAGCUAUAUUGAUCAAGUUCAUUGAAACAGAUCCCAGAUUUGAAGAAUAUUUUGCUCGUAAUCACGAGCAUUUGACUGAACUUAUUAUGCUUGGAAUUAAAGCCAAUCCUAUUAUUCAAGAUUUGGAAAAGUUUCCCGAUAUGACUCGACGCCUUCUUGCUGCUAUUGGUAACAUAUCUUCGCACCCUAUUUUCCAAGAAACCGUUCCAAUUUCUAAAAGUGACGUUGUUUUUAAUUUUUUUGCUCAGCAUUUGAAAGAAAAGCCUUCGCAUCCAGGCCUUGCAAUCAUUUAUCAGGGAUUAAGUCUUGUUGUCUUUGGAAAUCUGAUUACAUCUACUGAAAAAGUAGAUGCAUUCCUGGAUGAGAUUCCUGAUGCAGUGGAAGUUGCAAUGGACUAUUUAUCAGCCGAAUCUGAUCCAUAUGCUUUACAAGGCUCACAUUUUAUCAAGAAUGUGACUGUUGGUAAUCCUGAUGUAUGUGUGAAAGUGCUCAAGCACGGUGGGUUGGAAUUGAUUCAGAAACUUGUUAACAAUUCUCUUUUUGCCAACCUACGACUUAUUGGCGUACAAAUUUCAAAGAAUAUAUUCCACUCUUAUCGCCACAAGGUUAUCUCACCAUACUGGACUGCACCAAUAAUUCCUGUACUUGUCAAGACCUACAAAAAAGAAGAUAAGCAAAUUGUUCGAAACGAAGUAAUUUUUGCAUUUGAUGCUGGUCUUGAAACAAUUCGAUUGUUCUUCAAGCUUGAUACUGAAGAAAAAGAGAGCGCAUUGUUACAGGAUCAGUCUGCCCGAAGAAUUGAACUUAUAAACCACGACAAUGUCGAGAUUGGAUGCAUUUUGAUUCAUUUCAUGCAUACAAUUUACCAGGGUCUAUUGACUGUUGACAAGUAUGUUGUUGACCCGUUGACUUCAAUCAAAUGCAGCAAGUCUUUGGGGCUUCUUUCGACGUUUCAAAAGUUUUCAGAUGGAUCUAGCAUCCAUGAAUCUGAAGAUUUCCCUCUAAUUUUAGAAGGGGUGAUUUCCAAAAAUACAGACAAUUAUAAAAUGUACCAUGAGUACUUGGUUGACAUUUUAAGCAAGUUCAGCACCAAGUUAAAAGAGAUUGAAAACGGAGGACAAGAGUCUGGUACUAUUAGCCGCAAAGCAAGUACAUGGACCUUAAGCCCAUCAACCACCAACAAUUCGAUUUCUAGCGAAUUCCCAGGUCAGGCACCUAUUCACCACCACAGCUAUCGGGGGAUUAUUAAUAACAUUGGUUUUUUGGGAUCUCAUGUUCGGAAAUGGAAGAGUGCUGAUGAAGAACUUAUUAAAGCUGCCAAUAUUGCUAUCCGCAACACUCUGUAG